AUGGUUAAGGAUUCGAAACUUUACGAUCUUUUGGGAGUUUCUCCCAGUGCAAAUGAGACAGAAUUGAAGAAAGGUUACCGUAAGGCCGCGUUGAAAUAUCAUCCAGAUAAGCCCACGGGUAACGCUGACAAGUUCAAAGAGAUAUCAGAAGCGUUUGAAAUUUUGAGCGACUCGAAUAAGCGAGAAAUUUACGAUCAGUACGGUUUGGAAGCUGCUCGUAGCGGAGGUCCCGCUUUCGGAGGUGGCCAUCCAGGAGCGGGCCCCGGUGGUGCUGGAGCAGGAUUUGGUGGCGCGGGCGCCCACGCUUUCUCCCAGGAAGAUGCAUUCAACAUUUUCUCGCAAUUUUUCGGCGGUGCUUCUGGCGGCGGCGGUGCUUCGCCUUUUGGGUUUGCCGGUGCCGGUGACGAUUCAUUUGGCGGAUUUUCUAGUGGUUUCCCAGGGGGCGGUGCAAGUUUUUCGUCCGGUGGGUUCCCAGGAGGUGCGGGUGGAUCAACUCGAUUCCGCUCCUCAGGCGGAAUGCCCGGCGGAUUCAGUUCGGGACCAUCGUCUCCACCACAUCAAGAAGAAGACACUGUGCAAGUGAAUUUGCCAGUCAGUUUGGAGGACUUGUUCGUUGGUAAGAAAAAAUCUUUCAAAAUAAGCAGAAAGGGUCCCAGUGGAGCCCCAGAAAAGCAACAAGUUGAUAUUCAGUUGAAACCUGGCUGGAAGGCUGGUACCAAGAUCACUUACAAGAAUGAGGGUGAUUUCAAUCCUCGUACCGGUGGUAGACAAACAAUGCAAUUCAUCCUCCAAGAAAAGCCUCAUCCAUUUUUCAAAAGAGACGGCGCCAAUUUGAUAUACCAAUUACCUCUAACUUUCAAAGAGUCUCUGCUUGGAUUCUCGAAAACCAUCCAAACCAUUGACGGAAGAACACUCCCCAUAUCCAGAGUUCAACCAAUCCAACCUUCAGAGACGUCAACUUAUCCUGGACAAGGUAUGCCUUUGUCAAAGACUCCUACUCAAAGAGGAGAUCUCAUCGUGAAAUAUAAAGUGGAUUACCCUGUGACUCUCAACGAUGCUCAAAAGCGCGCUAUUUCCGAAAACUUCUGA